CACUAAGCCCAUGAAGGAAAGGCUUAGUCGGCGAACUACCAAAUAUGAUGGAACUAUAAAAUCAAUACUCUGCCUGCUAGGGUUUUUUCUCCUUCGUGUAUUCAGAACGGCCGCUUCAGCAAAACCCUCACCGCAGCUGCUCGCUAGUUCAUCACCAAGGAGGCGAAAAUGCCGUCGCACAAGUCGUUCAUGAUCAAGAAGAAGCUGGCGAAGAAGAUGCGCCAGAACAGGCCAAUCCCUUACUGGAUCCGCAUGAGGACCGACAACACCAUCAGGUACAAUGCGAAGCGCAGGCACUGGCGCAGGACCAAGCUUGGGUUCUAAGGUGUUUGCUCGAGUUUUUCUUCAUUUCCCCUAUCUGUUGGAACUCUUUUUCUGUUUUCCGAAUGAAUUAGUAGUGGUUGAAGACAGUUUCGAACAAUCUGUACUGGGAUAAUGAUUUUGAUUCUGGAGCAAAGUUCUAUGUAGUUUCAGUAAGGGUUUCAUUUUCAUGAUUCCCUCUUAGUCACUUAAUUGGUUGUCAUUUAGUUUGCGUUUUCUGCAAUUGAAUCGUGGUUGGCAAAGUAUGAGAGGCCUUGUUUGAUCUUAUGGUUCUCUAAUUGAUGUUGAUUGUGAGAAUGGUUUUUUGCUGCCUGUAUGUCUGAAUUUCUUCGUGGAAAGUUAUCUAGGAUUCAUAUCUGUUAUUGGUUCUUUCAUUCAGAUAGGCUGAUUGAAUCUAGGGUUUCUGUU